GCUGGCAAAACAUGGCUUGGCCUGGAAUCAGGGAUGCAAUACUAUUUAUAAUAAACACGUCCUUUCUGGCAUUAUAUUCACUGACGAGUCGUCUGUGAUAAUUCCUAUGUUUGGCCUAGAGAACCACAGAGAGCGUAAGAAACACUCUGAUCCUUUAGCAGUCAAUGGUCACACUGAAUUGAGGCGAGCUUUGGAUAAUUCAUUGCUUAUGCUAACAUGCGUUAGUUUUAUAAAAUGGCAUGUUGUCAAAGUUAUAUCCCGGAUUAUUUUGCAAUAACUGACAUUUUAUCUACUGAAGAACGAAUAUCUUGUAAAAUUGAAGUAGAUUUACCUGGUUUAGGUUUUUUGGAUCCUUCAUGUCAAUCUGAGGAUUUACAAGUUGGAUCCAAAGUAGAGUUUCCAUUAUGGCUAGCAGAUGCAUUAAAAAAUUUACAGAAUCCAGCAGUUAAUAUCGAUAUACCAAAUAUAUACAAAGAAGGAUACAGAGAAAUUUUAGAAGCAGAUGCUGAUGCUAUAGUUUUAAGUAGAUGGAAUCCAUUUUAUUAUGAAUUAGGAAUGCAUGUAAGAAAAUUCAGUGGCAGAGAUUCUGAAAUAAUUGCAGAAAGUUUACUACAGACAUUUAAGUCUCGUUUUCAAUUAGUAAUGGACUGGUCUCAGAAUUUAACAUCUGAUCCUACAUUAGCAAUUCAACUUCCUCGACUUGAAAGAGAUCUCUUCCUUAUCGGUCGACAAGCCAAAGUUCGCCUUACAGAAUGGUUAAAAAUGGGUACAAAUGGAAUGGUUAUUUCCGAAAUAGCGACAAAUCUGAAAAAACGGAAACGGGACAAAUAUGAACUUGAUUAGCUUUUUCGUUUUACAAAGCAUACGACUGUCAAUAAUUUGUAGAAUAAUGUUUUUAUCAAGUUAUUAAAUAAUCUGAAAAUAUCAC